UGCCACUAAUAGAAGAAGUAUUAUUAGCUUAAAAAUGGAGGCAACUGCUUCUCUUAUACUAAGCUGCUACUUCUGCAACUCCAGUUCUCGCUCAUGUACUGGAGACUCCCUCCGAACAACAGCUAAAACCAAUAUAUGGCCCUCCGAGCUCCUUUUCAAUGACCAAUUCACAACCGCUACGGCUACAAGAAGAAGCAAAACAGCCAUGGCUUCCACUUCUCCUUCAAAUCACAGCUCUCAGAAACUGUUGCUGAGACGAGAAUUUCUCUCUCGUGUCAAGUCUGGGACCUUAGCCGAUGCACGCCAACUGUUUGAUAAUACGAACAUAGCUAAAACUUCACUUUCGAAUGUUUCCAUCAAGUGGUUAGUGAAUCACCAAUUCUUUCAGGAGGCAAUUGAGACCUAUUACUUGAUGCAACUAGAAGGAAUUCCACCGGAUAAUAUCGCUUAUGUAUACGUGAUCAAGGCAUGUACGGAAUCAUUUAAUCUCGUACAAGGGGAGAAAGUUCAGGCUUCACUGAUCAAAUCUGGUCUUCAUUUUGACAUUUAUAUAUGUAAUUCUCUCGUUAUCAUGUAUGCAAAACUUGGUCGCAUCGAUCUUGCAGAGAGGCUGUUCGAUGAAAUGCCAAUAAGAGAUUUGGUUUCUUGGAAUUCUCUUAUCAGCGGAUAUGUCUUAGUUGGGAAGGUUGAAGAUGCACUUCUCUGUCACCGGAAAAUGCAAGCUGCAGGUAUGAAGCCUGAUAAGUUCACUGCAAUCUCCAUUCUUGGCUCAUGCUGUUUCAAGCAAAUGCUGCAUUAUGGUAAGGAGAUUCAUUGCCGAGUCAUUAGAAAAGGGCUUGAAUCGGACCUAAAGGUUCAAACUUCAUUAGUUGACAUGUAUUUGAAAUGCGGUUGCAUAAAUUAUGCUAAGAAGUCUUUCGAAAGGGUUCCCCAUAAAAACAUUGUAAUAUGGAAUGCCAUGAUCGGCGGUCUUGCCCUUAAUCGGCUUCCAUUCGAGUCCUUCACUAUCUUUAACAAGAUGCAACUAGAAAAUCGCUUCAAUCUUGACCAAAUAACCACAAUUAACCUACUUCUUGCAUGCGGACAACUCGAAACCCUCUUGCCCACUAAAUCUAUUCAUGGCCUCUCCAUUCGGAAAAACUUUCUUCCACAUUUGGUACUAGAAACUUCCCUAGUUGACGUCUACGGAAGAUGUAGAAAACUCGAUCUAGCAAAGAGUGUUUUCUCGUCCAUGAAUGAAAAUAAUUUAGUAUCGUGGAAUUCAAUGAUCGCGGCCUGUGUAAACUGCGGUUAUUACAACGAAGCCAUCAAUAUUUUCCUUGGGCUAUUAUCGAACGGGAGUUUUAAUCCAGACGGGGUAACUGUAGCGACAAUCUUGCCUGCUUACGCCGAAAUCGCCCUUCCAAGGGAGGGUAAGCAAAUCCAUGCAUACGUAAGUAAACUAGAUCCUCAUCAAAAAAAUAUCAUAAUCUCGAACUCGCUUAUCUACAUGUAUGGUAAAUACGGAGAUCUCCAUAACGCUCGAAGGAUAUUCGACGAAAUGCCAACUAGGGAUGUCAUCUCGUGGAAUACCAUGAUCAUGGUUUACGCCAUUCACGGAGUUGGAGAAUAUUCAGUAGCGUUGUUCUCGAAGAUGCAGGAAGAGGGAAAUAAACCUAACGCCAGUACUUUCGUUUCAAUACUUUCUAGUUGCAGCAUUGCAGGAAUGGUGGAUCGAGGAUGGAAAUACUUCGAUUUGAUGAGAAACGAGUUUGGGAUAGACCCGGGUGUAGAGCAUUACGGGUGUAUGAUUGAUCUACUAGGCCGAUGUAGAAAUCUCGAAAAAGCGAUGGAAAUUAUAAUCAACGAAAUGCCAAUGAAUCCGACAGCUAAGAUUUGGGGAUCGUUAUUAAAGGGUAGCAGACAUAAUAAAAACCUUAAGAUUGCAGAGGUUGCAGUUGAGAAUGUUUGUAAAUUGGAACAUGAUAACACGGGCUGCUACGUUUUACUUUCGAAUAUGUAUGAAGAAGCUGGGAGAAUUGGAGAUGCGAAACGGGUGAAGCGUCUGAUGAAGGAACGAGGAUUGAAGAAAACUGUCGGAUGCAGUAUAGUUGAGAUAGGCGAUGGGAGAAUCCACAAAUUUAUUAAUUCGGAUAAAUCGCAUUCUAGAACCUUUUUGAUUUACGAGGUAUUGGAUAUUCUAUCGAGAGGGUUUGAGGAAAAAGAUAUUGUCUGCAGAUUCAGGCCUUUGGAAGCGAAGAUAGAGAUGUCGUUUAAUAAGAAAUAUCACAGCUUGAGAUUGGCGAUUUGCUUUGGGCUAAUCGCGACGCCUAUUGGUAAGGAAGUUUUUGUUAGGAAGAAUACAAGGAUAUGUGAAUGUUGUCAUAAUGUUGUAAAGAGAUUUUCCGAGAUCACAAGAAGGGAGAUUGUUGUUGGAGAUACAAAUAUGUUUCAUCAUUUCAGAGACGGACGAUGCUCAUGUAGAGACUAUUGGUGACUCCCACUUCAUUUUUCGUGUUUUAGAUGAGAAUCCAGUCUAAGUCUUUUGAUAUUAUAUAACUUAUGUAUACAUAGGCUUAUUUUAGAUGUUUUGAGCAAUGUAUUUUUUAAAGGUUAAUACAAUUUCUUAU